CAGUAAUAUGUUUACACAUGUUUUGAAGAAGUUUUUCCCCUUUCUUCUAUCUUCCUCCCCCCUCCGCCCUCCCCUUUCUCCAACUACUAACCCUAGUGCCGCUGCCGUUGGAAGUGGGAGUUAAUCUCGUUCAAAUCGCUUCACUUGUUAGAUCCAACCGAAAUUAUGCAGCAGCCGAGAUCCAUAUGUAGGGGUUGAUUGCCGCCGAAUUUGACGUGCGGAGUGGAGAAUUUUCAUCCAGAAAUCCGAGGGCUUUUGUUGAUGGAGCCGCGAGUUGGAAAUAAGUAUCGAUUAGGUCGGAAGAUUGGCAGUGGAUCUUUUGGAGAGAUCUAUCUUGGGACAAAUAUUCAGACUAAUGAUGAAGUGGCAAUUAAGCUAGAAAAUGUGAAGGCAAAACAUCCUCAAUUGCUCUAUGAGUCGAAGUUGUACAGAAUUUUACAAGGCGGAACUGGUAUACCAAAUGUAAGAUGGUUUGGCGUAGAAGGAGACUACAAUGUUCUGGUUAUGGACUUGCUUGGGCCCAGUCUGGAAGAUCUUUUCAAUUUUUGCAGCAGGAAACUCUCUUUGAAGACAGUUCUCAUGCUUGCUGAUCAAAUGAUUAAUCGUGUUGAGUUUGUCCACUCAAAAUCAUUUUUACAUCGGGAUAUCAAGCCGGACAAUUUCCUCAUGGGUUUGGGACGGCGUGCCAAUCAGGUCUACGUCAUUGAUUUUGGUUUGGCAAAGAAAUAUAGAGACAGUUCUACUCAUCAACAUAUUCCUUACAGGGAGAACAAAAACUUGACUGGGACUGCACGAUAUGCCAGUGUGAAUACUCACCUUGGUAUAGAACAAAGCAGGAGAGAUGAUUUGGAAUCUCUUGGAUUUGUGCUGAUGUACUUCUUAAGAGGAAGUCUUCCUUGGCAGGGACUAAAAGCAGGAACUAAGAAACAGAAGUAUGAGAAAAUAAGUGAGAAAAAGGUCUCAACCUCGUUUGAGGCUUUGUGCAGGGGAUAUCCAACUGAGUUUGCAUCAUAUUUUCAUUAUUGCCGUUCACUGCGCUUUGAAGACAAACCAGAUUAUGCUUAUCUUAAGAGGAUAUUCCGAGACCUCUUCAUUCGUGAAGGCUUCCAGUUUGACUAUGUUUUUGAUUGGACCAUCUUAAAGUAUCAACAGUCUCAAAUGGCUGCUCCUCCUUCACGGCCUCUUGGCCCAGGAGCUGGGACAAGCUCGGCUCUGCCCCCUGCAAUCCCCAGUGGUGAACGGCUGCCUGCAGGUGAUGAAGCAGGAACGCUGGUUGGCCCUUCUUCAGGAGAUCCUGCAGGAAGAAGAUCUGGGCAGAUUAUAAAUUCUAGAAUAUCCAGAGAGAAGAGUCCAGCUGCAAAUGAUACAGCAAGCAAGGAUGCUGUGCUGUCAAACUCCACCUUCUUCGGAAGGUCUAGUGGAACACUGAGACGCGGUACUGUUUCUGGAAGCCGUGAAACUUUUACUUUGGGAAAUGAUUCUGAUCCUAUUCGCUCUCGGACCCCUGAGGCUAGUCCAGCUACUGCAAACAAAACAUCAAGUGGGCAAAGAAGCUUUCCGCAGGGUGGAUCUUCCAACGCGAAGCAUACUUCCUCUGGGGUGAAUAGUUCUGGCAUUAAGAAUUAUGACUCUACAAUAAAGGGAAUCGAGGGUUUACAUUUUGAUGAUGAGGAGAGGUUGCACUGAAAAACAAUGGUAAGCACAUGCCUGUAAAUCAUCAAAAAAAUGUGUGGUUUGAGCUGAGGGAAUUUGAACUUUGUCGGUAAACCCUACUCGACUCACUGCGACUGGUAGAGAUGUGAAUUGAAACUCGGGAGAUGAGUUGUUGGUGAUUGAGUGGGUUGUAGGGUACGUUUAUUGGAGUUGGGAGUUGUAGUGUGGGUCUAUUUUUUCCAUGUGCACUUCUCUGCUUCAGUCAGGUCUGCGACUGCGGCUGGUCUUGUGUGUAAAAUUGACCAGUGGUCGUUACAAAGUUAUUACCAAUUUCAGAGACUGCAAUUUUUAUUGUAACCAUUUCUAAAAAAAUAUUGGCGCAACUUGCUUUUACUGCUUACGCAUCUCUGUAUCCUUAGAUGUACUACUAUUUGAAUAAUUGCAAGUUUGAGUGCUCCUUUAUGUUUGUAUCUA